UGCAACUCAGCCGCAACGCUGUCUCUGUGGCGCAAUCGGUUAGCGCGUUCGGCUGUUAACCGAAAGCCGAGCCGCUUUGGGCGACGGCCCGGGGCAUCCGGAGCGCUACAGAGGACGGACCGUAGAGGUUGUCUGAAGGCCGAGGCCAAGAUGGCGGCUCUAGCGGCUCCCCGCCUGCUCCGCCCGAUCCUUGCUGUGAGCUCUGGCGUGGGUGCCACUCUGCAGGUGCGCGGGGUCCAUUCGAGCAUGGCCGCUGACAGCCCGAGCAGGCUGAUGGCUGCACAUGUCCAGACCAGGAGCUUCCUGACAGAGUGUGUCAGCCAAACCCGUUUUCCAGUUGAGGAGACCAAGUUCUUGAGAGGACAAGGUCCCACUGGGACGGCAGUGAGCACCCAGCCUGCUGUAUCCCAGGCCAGAGCCGUGGUCCCCAAACCUGCCGCACUUCCCAGCAGCCGGGGCGAGUAUGUGGUGGCCAAGCUGGACGACCUCAUCAACUGGGCACGCCGGAGCUCGAUGUGGCCCAUGACCUUUGGCCUGGCCUGCUGUGCUGUGGAGAUGAUGCACAUGGCGGCACCCCGCUAUGACAUGGACCGCUUUGGCGUGGUCUUCCGUGCCAGCCCGCGCCAGUCUGAUGUGAUGAUCGUUGCUGGGACGCUCACCAACAAGAUGGCCCCUGCGCUCCGCAAAGUCUACGACCAGAUGCCAGAGCCCCGCUACGUUGUAUCCAUGGGGAGCUGCGCCAACGGAGGUGGCUACUACCACUACUCCUACUCAGUGGUUCGGGGCUGCGACCGCAUCGUUCCAGUGGACAUCUACGUCCCAGGCUGCCCGCCUACGGCCGAGGCCCUGCUCUACGGCAUUCUGCAGCUGCAGAAGAAGAUCAAACGGGAAAAGAGGUUGCGGAUCUGGUACCGCAGGUAGUGCUGGCGCCUGGCCGCCCUGUGAAUCGUCCCCCCAAGAGGCGGUCAAUAAACCCGAUCAACCUUC